AUGUCAGCUACUAAUCAGUGCCCCAUUUGUCUGGAGGAAAUAAAAGCCCAAAUCGGAAUGCUAGGUGGAUGUAAACACAUCUUCUGCUACGAUUGCAUCAAGGAGUGGUCUAAAAUUAAACGAACCUGUCCGAUUGACCGUUCACCAUUUGACUCAAUCAAUAUACUACACGAAAUUGGUGGUGCAGUUGUGGAAGAGGAAAAGCUAGAACUAUGGAGGUUGAAUCAAGGCAAUAGUUCUCAUAGUGGUGAUGUGGACAGAGACGUCAACAGUGGCCACGACGUUGACGACUACGUUGAUAGACUCUACGAUAGUUUACUUUCUUCUGCAUCCAGUGACUAUGAGCGUAAUCGUAUAUCAUCAUUGGCUGCACGUACACCUAAUCGACAUUAUCUUUAUUUACUGUUGAGAGCAUACCAGACGGCGCGAAUGUAUCGUGAGCGUCUUCGGUCUCAGAAUAAUUGUCCACAUGAUGGGAUCUGCUCCCCUGCAUGUAGAGUGAGUUCUCGUCGUUUCAAUAAACUGUAA